AUGGCAUUUUCCAGCUGCCAACAGCAGAGCUCCAAAGCAUCUGUCACAGUUGGACCAGUACUUCCUCACGUGGGCCACAAGCCCUAUAGUCGCUCUUCCUCCAUGUCUUCCAUUGAUCUAGUCAGUGCCUCUGAUGAUGUUCACAGAUUCAGCGCCCAGGUGGAAGAGAUGGUACAAAACCAUAUGACUUAUUCCUUACAAGAUGUAGGAGGAGAUGCCAAUUGGCAGAUAGUGGUUGAAGAAGGAGAAAUGAAGGUAUACAGAAGAGAGGUGGAAGAAAAUGGAAUAGUUUUGGAUCCUUUGAAGGCAACACAUGCUGUUAAAGGGGUAACAGGACAUGAAGUUUGCCACUACUUCUGGAACGUUGACGUUCGUAAUGACUGGGAAACAACAAUUGAAAAUUUCCAUGUUGUGGAAAAUUUAGCUGAUAAUGCAAUCAUCAUUUACCAGACACACAAGACUGAAUCCGGCUACGGAUCAGAAUCAAGUUUACGCCGCCAUGGCUCCAUGGUGUCUCUUGUUUCUGGAGCAAGUGGAUAUUCUGCAACAUCCACCUCUUCGUUCAAGAAGGGCCAUAGCUUACGUGAGAAGCUUGCAGAAAUGGAAACCUUUAGAGACAUCUUGUGUAGACAAGUUGAUACUUUACAGAAAUAUUUUGAUGCUUGUGCAGAUGCAGUUUCCAAAGAUGAACUCCAGAGGGAUAAAGUGGUAGAAGAUGAUGAAGAUGAUUUCCCUACAAUGCGUUCUGAUGGGGAUUUUUUGCAUAACAGUAACAGCAGUAGAGAAAAGUUAUUUCCACAUGUGACACCCAAAGGAAUUAAUGGCAUAGACUUUAAAGGAGAAGCUAUAACAUUCAAGGCAACUACUGCAGGAAUCCUUGCUACGCUAUCUCACUGCAUUGAACUCAUGGUAAAGCGUGAAGAAAGCUGGCAAAAAAGGGUAGAUAAGGAGAUAGAAAAAAGGAGAAGAACAGAAGAAGCAUAUAAAAAUGCUCUAACAGAACUGAAGAAAAAGUCCCACUUUGGAGGACCAGACUAUGAGGAGGGCCCUAAUAGUCUGAUUAAUGAAGAAGAAUUCUUUGAUGCUGUUGAAGCUGCUCUUGAUAGACAGGAUAAAAUGGAAGAACAGGUACUGAUGCUUGAAAAAUGUGUUAAUGAUGGGCGCUUCAUGGGAAGCUUCAGUGACCUAUGCUCAUUCCUUGGGUGUAUCUCCUGACAAUUAAAAGUAGAA